AUGGCGAGCAGUCGGAAUCUAUCUACCUAUCUAUCCCUGAAAGAACAACAGUACUACCUCGCGAGGCGAGGCUACGAAUCCAUCGCGACGCGAGAUUGGGGACCUCCGGGGCUGCGUACGGGAGCCGGGAGGGGGAGUGUUAUCGAUGCAGCCGAGAGCAGAAAAGGCAAGAAGAGAGUGCUGCGGGCGCGGCGAGUGCGCGAGGCACGAGGAAGACGAGACGAGACGAAACAACGCGAGAGCCUGGAACUGGAAGUGAAACUGAAACGUGCGCCGCUUCAGGUGCACUCGUGGGCCGGCGUGCUUGGUUGGGCCUAG